ACUGACGACAUAGUUGUAACUAACAGUAACAUAGCUACGAUGACGUCAUUGUUCAUAUAACGUGCAUUUUCCUGACAACGAAGAUGGUUCACAGCGGGUCGGGCCUCAGACGAAGUGAAGCUUGUGAUGGUGAAAUCAACUACUAGUGAAAGCUUAGACGAGGCUUUCCAACAGAGACUUACGAUCAUUGAUGAACCUUGGCUAACUGGCUGUAGGUUAGCCGAGACUCGACUGUCACGGAGGGACCAGCAUGUACCACGUCACGGACAGAGAAGACCGUCUUCAGAAGUCAGGAAUAAAGUCAAAUCGAGGAGACCCUUACCAGAAAAUAAGCCUGAACAAAACGAAAGCACAGCCAAUGAACGGAAACGGUUAUUCCAAUUUGACGGUGACCAAGUCCAUCAAUGUAUACAACCUGCGUUUGACACACCCAAGCGUUCACGGGGUUCGACAUAUGGCAAGUAUCCGUCAUCUGACGUAAUCUGUCCACAGAGAGGCCACACAAGAACACCAGUAGAUGGACCAACACCAAGUCACCAUAGCAACAAUAUGGGAAAUCGUCAGGGUGACAGAAGUAACGUGGUCCUUGGUGUAGAAGGGCAGGUCUUCCUACCACCAGACAACGAUGACCACUUCACUGACAAUUCACAAACUCAUAAACGCAAAUUAAUCGAUACCUGUGAAAUAGUUUACGACAACAAACGUAUCAGUAUCGGGUGUAAAGGCGUUGGUUCCGGGCUCUGUGACGUCAUUGCUGACGAAGACAAGGUUUGCCUGAAACGCCAACAUGAUGACGGCGGAAGUCAUUGCAACAAUAAACGCCAGCGUCCUCAACUCUUUUUAGGUCAAAGUACCGAUGAUUUCGACGAUAUUGAUGAUACAAUCGCCGAUUCGAUGAGCUAUUUACACUCUUCGUUGUACGAACCAUAGGGUCGUAGUCACCAAUCCAAGAGCCCCUUGUUAAUUCGGCACGGCCCAAACCGGGAAAAAGAUCAACCAUCGACAAGGAACACGUGACGUGAUUCUAAAACCGGGAAAUAAGGAGAGGAACUUAGGUGGAACAAAACGGGGGAGGGGUUUGUAUAAGUAUGUGCGCGAAUGCAACAAAGUGAACGGUUCUGAAUGAAAAAGAGGUACGAGCGAGAACAUUGACUAGAUGAGAACAUGGCGAAUGUGAGAGCAGUGGUGUUACUAACAAGAAAGGGGAUGUGAAUGUGAGAGAAGAGCGAAGCAAACAAGCAGACUUAUACUUGUCAAAAGGAAAGUCGCCCUUACGCGAGUUUUAUAUUACAACGGUACAAAAUGGCCGCUACAUUUACCUUUAUUUAUUUAUUUAUUUUUACAUAUUUACAAAAGUACCUAUCUCGUUUUUGGAAGAAUUUUACAUUAUUUAUCAAUGGUAUGGUUAAAGCAAUUUGCUUUUCAACAGUUUCUGAGACAAUUGCAGUUUUUUUUUCUCCCGAGGUAGGCUAUACACAUAUAUAUUUGAUGUAUACAAACAUACAUUUGUUACUUUCUAUCUCCCGGAUUCUAGAUAUCCAGAAGACAUUGUAUUAGAGAACAGAUCUCUCUUUUCCAAAAUAAAGAAUUUA